CCUUGUUUAAUUCAAGUCGAGCACUUAUUGAGAGAAGAUCACCACCAACCGUCGGUGUUGACAGUGGUUGACCACUCUACUGGCGAGGAUCAUGAGCGGAGAAGCGUUCAAAGUGCUGGAGUGCCCCGAGUUGGGUCGGUAUGCGGUCACCACGAAGAAGCUGAAGGCCGGCGAGGAACUGUUCGAGGAGAAACCGUUCGCGAUCGGUCCCAAGUCGGACAGUCCGCCGGUUUGUUUGGAGUGUUGUGUUCCGGUAGAUGGCAGUGCCUUUGGACCAAAGUGUCCCCAGUGUGGGUGGCCGUUGUGUGAGGAAUGUGUCAGGAGUGUCGUUUACCAUAAGGCAGAAUGUGAUCUUUUUGUGAAGAACAAGGUUAAGUUCCAAAACGUGGAUGAUUCGACCGCCGGUUGUGUCCAGUUGGAUUGCAUAACUCCGUUGAGGGUUCUUCUUGCGAAGGAAGCUGAUCCGGAACGGUGGAAUGCGGAAAUCAGUAAGAUGCAAGAUCACCGGGAAGAACGCAGAGGAAGUACCUCUUGGGAUGCCGAUCAGAAGAAUGUGGUUGAAUUCUUGCGAAGUGAGUGCGGUUUGAAAGAUCGCUGCUCGGAAGAACUGAUCCAGCAGGUAAUUGGGAUCUUGGAGGUGAACGCGUUUGAGGCGCGAACCAGCAGCGGAUACACGAUUCGAGGAUUGUACCCAAAACUGGCGAUCAUGGCGCAUUCGUGCGUUCCCAACGUGGUUCACUCGAUUCAUCCGAGCAAAGAUUACAGACUGACGGCACGUACGGCGAUUGACGUCGAGGAGGGUUCCAAGCUGUACACAACCUACACGUACACGCUGUCCGGAACGAUGGUGCGACAGGCAGCGUUGAAAAGCACCAAGUACUUCACCUGCCAGUGCAAGCGAUGCCUGGAUCCUACCGAACUGGGAACGCACUUUAGCUCGUUAAAGUGCCAAAAGUGCGACAACGGAGUGAUCGUGUCGAGCAAACCAACAGACGAGGAAGCUGAAUGGCACUGCACCCACUGCGAGUACAAGCUCAAAGGAGCGUCGAUGGCCAAAGCCAUUCAAGUUAUGCAAGCGGAAAUCGACGAGCUAGCCUACAUGGAGUACGGCCCCGAACGUCUGGAGAACUUCGAACGGGUGUUCAAAAAGUACCGCAGUGUGCUCCACCCUCUCCACUUCAUCAAUACCUUCAUCCGAAACAGCCUGAUCGAGCUGUACGGAAGAAUCCCGGGCUACAUGAUGCCAGAGCUGCCCGACAUUCUGCUCGAAAGAAAGAUCGAGCUGUGCAAAGACAUCCUCCGAGUGAUCGACGUGUUCGAGCCGGGCAAGUCGCGAUCACGUGCGAUGCUGCUGUACGAACUGCACGCGCCAAUCGUGGUGCUGGCCCAGUCUGAGUACGCGCAUGGCUCACUGGACGGAGAACCGCUGAAGAAGCGGCUGCAGGAAGCGAUCGCACUGUUGGAGGAGAGUUCGGAGAUUUUAAAGUGGGAAGAUCCAACGACGCCGGAGGGUAUUUUGGCGAACGUUGCUAAACAGUCAAUGGUUCAGCUUAGGCAGAGCAUGGAAAUUGCGAAUCUGGGAAAAUAGUAGCCAACAAAUGUUGAUUUUGCGAGUUUGCACAAUGCUAAAUGUGAUCAUUAUUGUAUUAGUUAAAUUAAUAUGUAUUAAAUAAAGAUAUAUGAAAAGUUAUCCAUUUUAA